AACCAACUUGAAAGUUGAAACGAAAAUACAAAUUGUUUACUAAAUACUAUUUUAAUAUGUAUUUACAUUUUAGUUUUUACUCUAACGAUAUUGUACUUUAGUUAGAUUUAAAAUAAGCACUUUAAUAUAGAAAUGUUUGUAUGUUAAAAAUCUAAUCUAAUGUCCUAAUUGUUAAAGACACUAUCUUUAGGUAAUGCAUUGUUUGACAAUAGCGUGAAAGCCGAAGUAUUAGCAACAUUUUUCAAAAUUGAAUAAAUACACGCAUCUAAUAUGGAAGGUAUGAGUAUAUUUAAAGGAGCUGCCAGUAUUAAUUUGAAUAAUAGUGCCCAGGAUAGAUUAGAGCAACUGGAAGAAUUGGAAGACCAAAAACGUCGAAAGGAAGAGCUUGAACAUAAAUUAGCAAAUGCAUUUGAUGAUCUUCAUGAAGAUGAUGAAGCAAGUGUGAACAGUAGUGGAAACUAUACCCUAGAUAAUACACAAGCAAAUGGCAAACCACCAAGAACUGGGCUGCCUCCCACAUAUGAUGAGUCUUUGAAUCGUCUGAAGGAUGCCAUGGUGGAUUCAGACUCCACAAAGCAACAUUGUGAAACACCAAAGAGCCACCACAACCAACACAUGAGAUAUCCUGAGGAGCCACUAAAACACCAUUACAAUCCAUAUGGUGGAGGAGAUUGUCAAAAUAAUUAUUAUCAGCAGGAAUUUAAAGGACAUAUAAAUGGAUAUCAUAACUUUGACUCGCAGCAAGAGCACAUAAAUCAUGAGAAUCUGAAAACAAUGUUUGGAAUAAAAGAGAAAGAAUGUGAACAGCUUGUGGCUAAGAUACAAAAUCUGGAUUCUGAAAUAGACAGUUUACGUGCAAGACUGGCCGCGUCCGUACAUGAUAAGGACAAAGCAGAGUUGUCUUUGAAAGAAGCUCAUGGACUGCUUGCAAAGAGCAAGCAUCACACAAUUGCCUUGGAGCAGAAUAUUGACUUGUUGCGACAAAGAGUGGAAGAAGGCAACCUCAAGAAUGAACAGCUGAAGAUGGAACUUGUUGCAGCCAAUCUCAGUCUACAAGAGGUGCAGCAAAAAAUGCACACUAUUCAGGUCGCACACUCCCACGACACUAAUGCAAUGUUCCGGGAACAACAAGACAGGCAUCGCGAAGAAAUGAACAGAUUACAGGACGAGUUGUUAAAGACGAGAAGUAGACUCGAUGAAAGGGACAAUGAAAUUAAAGUUCUGGAAAAACGAUAUCGAGACAGUGUUAGAGAAAAAGAGGAGAUUCUUGAAGAGAAAUCAGCGAAAAUAAACCGACUGGCGAACGAACUGGAGACCGCGCAGAACAAGUUGGUCAGCGGUGAAACUUCAAAGUUAAAGGAAAAAGUCUUUCAGCUGACCAGUGAAAGGAACACUGCUAGGGAACAAGUUAAAGAUCUGGGCUCUAAAUUAGAAACCACAGCGCGGGAGCUUGUGCAGUGUCGUAAUAAAUUGGCGAGUCAACGCGAAUUCGACGCGUGGCGAUCCACUCUGCAGCAAAUUUUGAAAGACGCCUUACCGGAUACACAUAACAACGGUGAUCCAACUUCGCCCGGUAAAUUAGCAACGUUAAAAGAAAUUGUGCAUUCGUACAAACAAAACAUACAUAAACUAAGCCAAUUGAAAGAGGAAGUCACUAAAAGAGACAAAAGGAUCGAACAGUAUCGGAAACAGGAAUCCGAAUUACAAUUGAAGCUCGAAGAACAAAGAGAUGUAGAAAUGAAGUUGAACUCCCGUGUUUUUGUGUUGCAAAACAAAUUGGACUUAUUAGGAAGCAGCUCGGACGGGGAACUGCUGGAUGAGUACAAGCAACAGAACGACAGGUUGAGAAAAGAAGGAGAAGAUCUAAGAGCGGAGAUAAAGAAUCUAGAAUUGAAAUAUGCGGAUUUAGAAAUGGAGUAUGAGAAGCUUCAAAGCAUCGCGACGAACCGUGCGGGGGCUGCGCACGAGGCUAACGCGGAUCUCCUGCAGGAGUUGGAGAGAUACAGCUCCAGUAUGAAAGAGACGCUCAAGGAAAACGGAGAACUCAAGACAUUGUACUUACAGGUAUGCAGUGCUCGUGACAGUGUUACACGAGAAAUGAAGGAAAUUCGAAACUCGAUACUAAAAGAAAGAGAUGAUUUCAAAAAGCAAGAGAAAGAUUACAUCGAACGGAUAGAGAAGGAGAAGCAACAGGUGGAGAAAUUGAGAGUAGAAUUGAAUAACGCUAAGCAAGAGUUAGAGCAAGCUAAUAAGAGAAUAACGGAACUGCACACGGAGUUUACGGAUAAACAGGAAGAGUUUACUGAUAAAUUGAAUAAGUUCUUGGAAGAUGAGAAAUGUGCAAUGCGGAAAGAGAUGGAAGCUUGUAUUCAGUGCGAGAACCAAUUGAAACAUAUCAAGUACUUAGAAGAUCAACUAAAUAAAUGUAACAUUCGAUUGGCGUCUCAAGAGAGCAAUGAAACCCUUAUGAAUGAGCUGAGGGGUAAAGCUGAGUUCUUCCAAAAUUACAUCAUGGAGCGAUUCAAGCAGAUUCAACAAGAUCAGCGGAAAGUAGACCAGGACAUGCCCAUUGUGAACGGGGACGGGCGCUGUGCGUCAGACGAGGAGGCUGGAACUAAUGGUGACAAUAUUAUUGCUGCUCAGACUGAGUUGAUGAAGAAAGAGAAAGAGAUACGAGAACAAAUAGCGGACAAAUUCACACUCGAAAUGAAAACAAUGGAAAUGAACUUUGCGAGACAGUUGAAAGAAAUGGAAACAGAACAGCUAACCACUGUCACCAAACUGAAAGACUUAUUGGAGAGGAAAGCCAAAGAGGUCGGCACACUGAAAGAUUUUAUACUAUCCGAACGAGCAAAAGUUACACAAGUACUAGAGUCAAAGGAGAAUGAGAUAUCAGAGCUGAUCAAAGAUCAUAAUAAACUACAGGCACAAUGCCAGAAUGUGAAGCAAGAAGCGAUGGAAUGGAGACACAAAGCGGAGAAGUACAAAGAGAGAUUGGCAAGACUCAGUUCAUUUGAUGAUGUCCUAAAGAAAGAAAGAGACGAAUUGAAGUUGAAGACUCAGGAAUGUAACAGUUUGAAAGCCCAAUUGAAUGAGUUGCAGUCACAGAUGUUGCAGAUCGAGGAGGAAUAUAAGAGUGUGAGGUCUGAACAUGGAGUUUUGCUUGACAAAUAUAAAAAUGUGAAGAAAACUGUUUAUACUUACAAGGAUUACAUGUCUAAGAAGGACUCUCAUAUAAAUAGCGAGAUGACCAGGAUACAGGAAGAGUAUAGAAAUAUAUUUGUGGCGCUUCAGAAGCAGAUCAACUACCUGGUGAAGUGUCGCGUCAACGAGGAGAGGAGGGGUGGUUCACAGGCACAACAGUAUCAGCCAUACGAUUGUACCGAGAUUAUGAAGAAACUUAACGAAGAUUUCGCUCGUCUUGCCCACUCUAACUUCGCGGACAGCGUAACGCCGACACAGAGCAAUAAAUAACACGUUACUGUAUUUUGAUUAUAUAUUUACCCCCUUAUUCAUAAUAGUCUGCUAACUUAAAGCAUUGCUAAUUCUCACUCUGUCUUCUUCUAUUGACCUAAGUCAGAAUGGGAAAAAACAAUCCUUAGCGGCUGUUUAAAGUUAGCGGACCAUUGUGAAUAAUGGGGUUAAGGGUUAUUGGAAUCUCUCUCUAUAGGCAGUGAAAAACUUUGUGAAGAAGAUAGACUUUGAAUGCUAAAUGAGUUAGGGUUUGAAAUAUUUUUGUAAUCUGAAUUAUUGACACAAUACCGAAUUCUUAUAUUAUUUAUAACAUAAAACUGAUAAUAAGUAUAAAAUAAUUAUAUAAAACACUACGUUAUAGGAGAGUGUUACGUAAUUGUUGUGUACUAAUUUACACAGGGGCAGUGCCCUAUAUUCUGUUCUGCUGUUGAAGAAUAUGAUAUUUGGCAAUAAAGCCAAGCGUCAGAAGGCAAUGUCAACAAUUUACACUGUUACGUUAUAACAAGUUUUGGUAAACAUUUUAAAUAACAGGUGGCAUUGAGCUAGAAAAAAUAUUUUCUUGUCAUCACUAUAAAUUGUCCGAAUUAUUCAAAGUAACCAGAAAAUCACUGUUUUCGUGGCCUACUUUGAUUUUUGCUAAAUAAUAAAUAUUGACAUUCCUUCGUACAUAUACGUCGAUGUUGUACGAAAAUUCUUAUAUGAUGUGAAGUAUUAAAAUAUCGAAUUAAAUUUAUAUUUACAAGCACAUUAUUUGUGCGAAUCAACGGCGCCCCAAUAUUAUAAAUAUAAGUAACUAUGGUGUUGCCAUAUUUGAAAUGUAAAUGUAGUUCUAUGUUAAGUUUGUAAUACAAAGAUAUCAUCUUAUAGUACAAAAUUAAGUAUUCGUUUUUAAUUUUAAUGUUAUUCCGUAUUUUAAUUUAUAUUAUUAUUUUUUAAAUAAUUUUCUGCAUAAAAAAUGUCAACUAUUAGUACUAUUUCUGUCUACAUUUAUUAAUUUAUUAUGUUUUUUCCUCUUAACCUGUUCUGAUUUUAAACCAACUUCAAAACGGUCGAUUAGUCGCAACAAUUCUAUAGUAUUUUUUUUGUUUUUCUGUUUCUAUAGUAAUUCUAUAGUAUUUAUGAUUCGAUUUAGAAAUAAAAUUGUGAUGACCAUGUCAACAACUGAUCGUUGCUAGAGAUUGCGCGAAUGUUGCUAGAUUAAUAAUUGUUGUUUGAAUUCAGCAAUUGAGGUUGAGCCGGGCACUUAGCACAUCUCUGAUUUUCAUUGGUGAAGUACGGCUCGAGCGUCGAUAAAUUUUAUUUAAACUCGAACUAAAAUAAUCUUAAUAAAAUUAAAAAAGAGCUUAAUAUUAGAUUAAGCCCUUAAUAAUACAUUAUUUCAUUUUCUGAAUCGUAUGUUUAAUAAAAGAACAUAUAAGGCUCUUAAGAACAAACAUAAAAUUCACUGGGCCCUCCUUUUAGUUGCCAAUAUUUACUAAAACAUGAAACCGGGAAAAUAUUCGAAUAACAUAACAUGCAUUACAAGAAAAUUGUAUCUUGUGACAUCGUUACACUCAACUUCUUUAAGUCCAAAACUAUGAUCUCGCAAAAUGAUUUAAUUGGACUAAAACUUUUAAGACUAAACAUGCAAAAUCUGUUUGAUACAAUUUCCGUCCCACAAUAAUAAUGUGCUUUGAUAUAAAAUGCCACUCUAAACUUUUAGGAACUGAAAUUAAUUAAAUAUCUAUAUUAAACCCUUCCUUAUCAUUAAUCUACAAACAAAUACCUUAAUUAAAUUAGAUUGUAGAGUUUUAUUGCUGAUAGCGUGAGUCGUGAAACGGCCAAACGUAUUUUUAUGGAACUUUCAUUGGCGAAUAGCUCAAGUUAUAAGAUUUCUAUAACAUUUAUUUUAGAAAAGUAAUAUUUGAGUCAAAAAUUUAAUUCAGAAUCGUUUUGAACUAAAAUUUAAUCAUUAUUAAAAAUAAAAUAUGUAAAUAGAAAUAUUGGGUAAAUACCUACACCGCGUGUACUUUGAUGUCCAUGAACUGAUUAAUUAGCACUCCCCCAGUUUAUGCAUGGUGCCAAUUUCAGCUGUGCAGCAUGCAUCCGAUUUUAUCCAAUAGCACGUGGUCUCGCUUGAUAUCGCCCAAUCAAAAGCGUGCUCAUGACUCAUAUAGGGGACUGUGCAGUCCUUCCAACCUAUCAUAUCUUUCCUAUACUAGUUCUUUUUAGAAAUAAAUUAUUUCAAUAGCUCAAUUUUUAUUGUUCGUUUCAGUCUUAUUUAUAUGAUUUUUAAUGUCGUUUUCAGAGCGUAUUAAUUUUAUACAAUAUAUAAUUUAUUAGAUUUAAAUAACAAGACUGAAUGCAAACUUACGAAAGAAAUGCUUGUAGGUGGUAGGUAUAUCAGGUUUUCAAAGCCACUACAAUUCAUGAAAUUAUUCUUAUUAUCAUAUUGCUAGUGCUGACUGAUUUCAUAUUUUAAAGUAGGUACGGUUUUUAUAUAAAUGACAGUAAUAAAUUAAUAGUAAGAAGAAAGAUAAAGAGAACUUAGACAAGAAUAAGAUAUUUUUCUAUAAUUAAUACAUUUUUUUAAACUGAAAUCAAAAGUAUUAGCCUAGUUUUUUUAAAUGGCAACUCUGAAGAGUAGGAGAAGAUAUAAGAGAUCCCAAGAUAUCUGUAUGAAGUAAAAGGCAAAUACGCGUAAUGGAUUAUUAAAUCUUUUAAACACCUAAGUGAAAAUUUGAGCUCACUAAUAUUAAUUAAUUAUUACCUAUAUAUAAUAUAUAUAUGCAAUCGACUUAAGAAAACAUUAGAUCAGUCAUUUGCUUCAUAAAACUCAAUUUUAUUUACAUUUGCAAUAACAUUUACUAUAAUAACAAUAAGGGAAAGGAUGACUAAGACAAUUUUUAUUAGGUACAGUCCGUUUAGAGUGAUUUUGCCUGUUGCUGUAAAGUUGGAAACCUAAGUGCUAUAUUGCAACAUGCUAAACUCGCGGAACAAAAAUUUAAAUGCAAAUUUCAUAGGCCAAAUAACUGUGAACGGAUUAUUCAAAUUAUUUAAAGUUAAUAAUUUAUUGACUUGACAUUAAAAUUUUAAACUGUCUCAUGAUGAAAUCAAAUUUCAGUAAGCAUUGAUUAUAUAUGUAUAGACUAUCUAUGAUUAAAAGAAGAUCCGGGCGAUCAAUAAUACUAAAAUUAAAAAAAAUACAUAUAAAUACUUGAAAAACAUUUUGUGCUUAUUGACAACGCUCUAAAAGUUGACAUUCCUAUCAAACAUAUUCCAUUUAAUUCUUGAAAUUAUUUCGAAUUUAAUUAUUGUUAAUAGUUAUUGCUCAAUUGUCUUACAAUUGCAAUUUGUUUGUAUAUAAGCUAUUGUUUUGUUCGUUUUAUUGUAAAACUUUUAAGUUGACUUGUAAAUAAAGAAUAACUUAAUUCAA